AUGUCUAAUUACUACAGCACUCGCACGGUCCGCACUUAUGUCGAUGAUGGAACGGGUGCCCCGAAGGUGGACACGAAAACCUACACCUUAGGUGGACCUGGCAGCAGCAGCAUCGGGUUCAGCCCGUCUUCGGGAUUUGGUGACUUCGGUGAUUUUGGGAGGAAAGGUUUUGGAGACUUUGGGGGCAAGUUCAACGUUGACUUUGGAGACACAUUCGGGGGUAAGGGCCUUAACUUUGACAUCGGCAGCGGGGGAUUGAGGCCAAGUAUCAGCACUGGAGGGCGUGGAGGGGGCACCCGCCCCAGUCCUAGUUCAAGAAGUGGGGGCGGCGGGGGUCCGGCGCCUAGGACUGUUACUGUCCCGGUUUCUGACCCCCAGCCUAAGAUUGCUGGGCGACCCAGUAGGACCUUGAGGAAGAACCCAUUUGUGGGUCUCAAGCUGCAGAAUUACGACGAGAUCAAGACCCAAUGUAAGCAGCAAGGAAUACUAUUCGAGGACCCUGAGUUUCCCUGUGUGGAUUCUUCCAUUUUCUUCAGCCGAGCUCCCCCCAGGCCCUUUGAAUGGAAGCGCCCUCAC